CUUUUGACCACCGCUGAGAACCUCCAACUGCAGGUCUUGACUCCCAGACACCCUUGAACCUUUCUGGGUCCUUGGGAGAUUCCACCUAGUGUCAUGGAGAUAAUACCCUCCUUGACUUUGUUGCUCCUCAUCCUCACUGAGUGUUCCUGGGCUUCAACAGACUUAUACAUAGACUCUGCUGACUCCCAGUCAGUCUCUUCUUCGGCUGUGAACUCCUCAAUCUCUUCCCUGGCUCUGGAAACCACAUUCUUGCCAACCUCAAAUUCAGAUUUGAUCUUGACACCUCCAACCCUGGAUGCCAGUCCUUUGACAUCCUUGGCCCCAGGCCACACACCCUCCCUGCCCCUGAAUGCCAAGGGCUUGGAGGCCUCAAUCCAGAGUGGGGAAACUCUUGAACUAAAUACUUCAAAGGCCCAGACUCUGGAAGUCAACUCAGAUCUGCCUGGAACCAUGACAGUAGAGGCCAAGGAUAACAUUCCUACCACUGAGGUGGCAUCUUCCACCAGUUUGACUUUCAUAGCCUCUGGGCUGACCUCAAUGGAUAAAGAGGCCCCCAGUAGUACCCAGGAACUGGUCACACACACAUCUACUCCAACUAAGUCUAAUGCUAGUCUCAUUGGUACAGCUACCAUGGUAACAUCUCCCUCCUCCAUAUCCCCUCCUUUGGUUACCAGUACAGAGCAAGGGGAGAAGACCACCCCAGUCUUUAAAGAAACGACCUCCUCUAAGAUUAUUUCAGCUAACACAACCAUCUCUAGCAUGACAAGUUCCAAGGUGUCCCAGGUUAGUGAGACCACAUCUAUAUCAUCUUUCACUUCAUUGACCAAAGCGUCUCCUGCAAAUGAACAGAGGCAGGAUGGAGGUACCUCCCCAAUAGUAAUUCUGGUUGUGGUUCUCCUGGUGGCGACUUUCUUGAUCAUCCUAUUGUUGCUGUGGCGACGUCGACAGAAGAAGAGGACAGGGGCUCUGAUGCUUGUGGGGAUUGGGAAAAAUAAAGGAGCUAGGGAUGCUUGGGCUGGGCCAGUUCAGGUUGCAGAGGACCAGGCCCCAUCUGGGUCAGCAGCAAUGGAAGGGGACACAGGGAACCCUGAAGGUGAAGGGACUGGCCGUAGGCCCACACUCACCACCUUCUUUGGCAAGCGGAAGUCUCAACAGGGUUCUGUGAUGAUGGAGGACCUGGAGGCUGUACCCUUUAUGGAAAAUAUGGAUGGAACUGUAAAGAACCCUGAAACUGAUGGCUCAGUAGCUGAUGGGUCAAAAGCAGGAGAUGGGAACUUGCCCUCAAUCCCAGUGACCAAUGUGUGAAGGGACCAAGAUCAUCAAUUGGUCAACAAAGGUUUUCCAGGCACAGUGAGAGGAGUGAGACAAAAGCUACCCUUAAGGAACUUAGCUGUAACUAGGAGAAAAUACUCAAAAAUUUAAAAAAUUAAAAUAAAAAAAAGGAACUUAA